GCUGGGCCCGUCCGAGGGCGCCGCCGGGAGCCGCCGGGAGCCGCCGGGAGCCGCCGGGAGCCGCCAUCUUGCGUCGCCCCCAGCCGCGGGGAGGCCGCGCCCCGCCCGCAGCGCCCGGUGCGGCGCCGCCAGGGUGAGCGAGGCGCCGCGCCUCUGGCCGUGGAAGCAUGUCGGGGCCGGUGCCGAGUCGGGCCAGGGUCUAUGCGGACGUGAACACUCAGAGACCCCGCGAGUACUGGGACUACGAGUCGCACGUCGUGGAGUGGGGCAACCAGGAUGACUACCAGCUCGUGCGGAAGCUCGGCCGCGGCAAAUACAGUGAGGUCUUUGAAGCCAUCAACAUCACCAACAACGAGAAGGUGGUCGUGAAAAUCCUCAAGCCCGUGAAAAAGAAGAAGAUCAAGCGCGAGAUCAAGAUCCUGGAGAACCUCCGCGGGGGCCCCAAUAUCAUCAGCCUGCUGGACAUCGUGAAGGACCCCGUGUCCCGGACGCCCGCCCUGGUCUUCGAGCACGUGAACAACACGGACUUCAAGCAACUCUACCAGACGCUGUCCGACUUCGACAUACGGUUCUACAUGUACGAGAUCCUAAAGGCGCUGGACUACUGCCACAGCAUGGGCGUCAUGCACCGCGACGUCAAGCCGCACAACGUUAUGAUUGAUCACGAGCACAGGAAGCUGCGCCUGAUCGACUGGGGGCUGGCGGAGUUCUACCACCCCGGCCAGGAGUACAACGUGCGGGUGGCCUCGCGCUACUUCAAGGGGCCGGAGCUCCUGGUGGACUACCAGAUGUACGACUACAGCCUGGACAUGUGGAGUUUAGGCUGCAUGCUGGCCAGCAUGAUCUUCCGGAAAGAGCCCUUCUUCCACGGCCACGACAACUAUGACCAACUCGUGCGCAUCGCCAAGGUGCUGGGGACGGAGGACCUGUACGACUACAUCGACAAGUACAACAUCGAGCUCGAUCCCCGCUUCAAUGACAUCCUCGGCAGACACUCGCGGAAGCGGUGGGAGCGCUUCGUGCACAGCGAGAACCAGCACCUGGUGAGCACCGAGGCGCUCGAUUUCCUGGACAAGCUGCUGCGCUACGACCACCAGACGCGGCUGACGGCCCGCGACGCCAUGGAGCACCCCUACUUCUAUCCCAUAGCAAAAGACCCGGCGAGGAUCGGCCCCUCGGCCGGGCUCUCGGCCAGUACCACGCCUGUCAGCUCCUCCAGUAUGUUGGCAGGCAUUACCUCGAUGUCCGCGGCCCAGCCCAUCAGCAGCCUGGCUGCGUCGCCCGUCAUCUCCUCUCCGAACGCUUUGGGCUCGCCGGUGCCCGCCGCAGUGGGCGCGCAGCCCUGACCUCACGCCGCCACCGCCGGCUCCCUGCAGCGCCCAGCGCCGCGCCGCCUUCACCCUCCCGCCGCCCCUGCGCCAGCCGCGGGCCCCGGCCACCGACAAGGGGUGGGGUGGGGGUGGGGGGGCGCUCUGGAAUUUUAUUUUUAUUUCUGUCGAGUACGAAACACAAAAGAGCAAA